ACGACUGCGCAUGCCUGUGCCGUGACCCCAGCCUGAGGUGACGGCCGCUGCCGAGGCGGGGGCGCCGGGCACAGCAGCGGAGGGGCCUGCAGCUGCUCGGUCCCGGGAGAGGGCGGGUCCCGGCACCCACACACCGGCCGGUGCCUGGUGUAACCAGCCCAGAGAGGUGUCGGUGGACAUUGAUGGUAUUUCUCUUUCAUAUACAUGCAGGCCAGAAGCCAGGGAGCCCUCAGUGACCACGGAUCCUCCGGACAGCUUCGCAGCCUGACCCCGCCCCGCUGCGGCAGCGCCAGCACCAGCUCCAGCACAAGGACAGAGCCCCAGGUCUGCCAGGUUCCUUGCCAGGAAUAAGGAGGAGAAAUCCGUUUCCUGGAGCUUGAGUGCGGCCUGGGGGACAGGCGGUUGGUCCCAAAAUGCCCCUGCCUGAGCCCAGCGAGCAGGAGGGCGAGAGCGUGAAGGCUGGCCAGGAGCCGUCCCCACAGUCCCCUGAGCCGGGCACAGAUGUCGUCCCUACAGCUCCCAGGAAGCCCAGGAGGUUCUCCAAGCUGGUCCUGCUGACAGCGUCCAAAGACAGUGACAAAGUGGCUGCAGCCAAGCGCAAAGGAGUGCACUGCAUCAUGUCUCUGGGCGUGCCCGGCCCCACCACCCUGGCCAAGGCCCUCCUCAAGAUCCACCCCGAGGCCCAGCGUGCCAUCGAGGCAGCCCCCCAGGAGCCUGAGCAGAAACGCAGGAAGCUGGACACAGAAGGAAAAGAAGACGGAAGGUUGGCAGGGGGGCCUGCUCCCAGUCCCACAGUGGGCGGGGAGGAGUCCUCUGUGGGGCCCAGCAAGGCUCCGUAACCCUGACAACUGCCGGCACGGCGUCCUUGAUGGCUCAGUGAACUUGGCUGUGACUUCUUCUGCCUGGGGCCCAGCCCCAACUGAUUUUCACUGACAACAUUGUGUAAUGUUUUUCAGCUCAAGCUCAAGUUACUUUUGUAAGAAGAACAAAAGAUUAAAAUAAAAUAAAAUAUAUGCUAGAU